AACAAAUUACUGACAUCAGUUACAAACAUUUUGGCUACUUUUUUCCAUAAUAAAUGUUUUUGAAAUCACAUUAGGAAACACUUACUAUUUUUUAAUUUAAGAAAAGGUUCGAUAGUUUUUUGUUUUGAUAAAUCAGCUGACUGGUCGUAUACUUUAUAUCCAGGGCUGCAUUGUAGGAUUAACAUUUAGCAGAUUAUACAACAAAACGGCAAGUUUUGUAAAUUUAACAAUUAAUAAUCAAUUAAAGUAACAAUAAGAGAGUAAAUAAAAAACACAGCAGAUAUGAGCAAUUUAACUGCGGUGUUCCAAAUGGUUAAACAGCGAUUGAUAGCCCCAGCGAUAGGGAACUCCACACGUUGUUAUGCCGUCAAACCGGCGGCGCCAGGUGAAAGAAAAAAACUGGGCAAGCUAGGACCCAUCGUGGAGAAGAAAAUCAUUCCUGUGGAGACGGAUGCAAACAAACUGGUAAACUAUGUGUGUGGUAGCAACUACCUAAAAACUGGAGAGGAUGUCAAGAUCAAACCGGAUACAGAGUACCCCGAGUGGCUUUGGUCCCUAAACACGGAACGUAUCAUCCCGUUAGACGAACUGGAUCCCAACACGAAGCAGUACUGGCGACGCCUGAGGAAACUGGCUUUACGGCGCAACAACCAGCUUUCCAAGCUAAAGAAGUUCUAGACCCUGUAGCCCUAGGUGUUAUCGUUGAUUUUGGAGACCCGACCCUCAAAGCGCCCCAUGUUGUUUGCAAUGCUCUCCGGAGCAACAAGUAUGUAAACACAAUGUUUUCUGCUAAAAACAAACCACAAAUACAUAUUUCACCGUCUUAUCAAUAA